AUGACAGCUCAAGACAGCCAACCACCGAAGAAAGAGACAAAUGACAAGGAGUCUUCCAAAAUCACCUUAGAUAGCUCUAAGAUAGAUCCUAAGCCUAUCAAUUUUACUCCAGACUUAAAUGAUACCUCUUCCUACAAAUUCUACCCAGAUGACCCCGAAUCCCCGUUAAACAGGUUUAGUUUUGUUGAUAAAGGAGCAAGUCGUUACUACGAUCCCUGCCAGGAAUCUGCACAGAUGUCUAUAAAGUGCCUAGAGCGAAACAAUUACGAUCGUAAGCUUUGCUACGCAUAUUUUGAUGCAUACAGAGAGUGUAAGAAACAGUGGCUCAAAUCUAGAAGAGAAGAUAGGUCAAAAUGGCAAUAA